UUCUUUCUUUUUUUUAGUUCUGUCCAUUCAGGCCAUUUCAUUCCAGUUCACCAAGGAGCCCAAGUCCCAGGAUGCUUUGCACGGCCGCAGCGCCAUGCUGCGCUGCGAAGUCAGCGAUCCGGCCAACAUCACGUACAUUUGGUUUAAAGACGACAGCCGUCUGAAAAACACAGAGAGGCGCUUUCAAGAGGGGAGCAACCUUAAGUUCAUCUCGGUGGAUCGACAGCUGGACGCAGGAAACUUCAGCUGCCGGGCGUCAAAUUCUGCUACUGGAGAACUUCUGUUGUCCACCACGGCCUCCUUCAAUAUUAAAUGGCUGGAAAGCGGUGGUGUGACUUUGAAGGAGCCGGUUUCUGAUGGGGAAAUUGAGAGCUCUACCACGGUCACAUUACGCUGCCACAUCGAUGGACACCCACGGCCAACCUGCCAGUGGUUCAAAGAUGGAGUGAAGCUGACUGAAAGCAGCCAUCAGAUCAACAACAAAGAGAGAACUCUGACCAUUCAGAGCGCCAGUCUGGACGACAGCGGCCUUUACUACUGCUGUGCCAAAAACGCAGCUGGACACGUCUGCAGCAACCACAACUUCACCCUCACUAUCAUAGACAGUAGCAUCCCGAGGGCGGUGGUCACCCCCGAGGACCAGGUGGUUAUGAGGAACGAUGAGGCCAUGUUCCACUGUCAGUUUACCGCCGAGCCCGUACCCACGCUGGAGUGGUACCAUGGAAACGAGCUGCUGAUUAACAAGUCCCGGGUGUUCCUGCUGUCCAAUGGGAGUUUGCUGAUCACACAAGUCAAGCCCAGGAACGUAGGAGACUACAAGUGUGUUGGCCGUGGCAUCACAGGAUCUAAGGUCACGCUGACGGCUUCUCUCCUAAUAGCCGAAAUCGGAGACAUGUCGCCAAAGAUGUCGAAGGUGUUCGUCGCCGACACCGUUCAGCGUGUAAACUGUCACCCCCCACGAGGGAAGCCUGAACCCGAGGUUUGGUGGGAGAGGGAAGGUCAGAAGGUGCCUGAGGAGGGCCGGGUGCACCAGGAGGGCCAGGAUUUGGUCUUCAGUCCGACGGAAGAGGGAGAUUCAGGCGUCUAUACCUGUGUGGCCCAAAACAAGGCCGGGCGCAGGAUCAAGAACGUCACGUUUACCGUAGCUACUGCCCCAGUGUGGGUGUCUAAACCUCAGGACAGCAGUUUGGAAGAAGGUAAACCAGGUUACCUGCACUGUUAUGCUCAGGCCAACCCUGAACCUGAGGUCACCUGGUUCCGCAGCAGCUUAAUCAUUGUGCCAGAGGACACUCGUUUUAAAUUGUUUCCUAAUGGCACCCUGAGAAUCAACAACGUGGAGGUCUACGACGCUCACAUGUACGGCUGUGAAACCAAGAACCUAGGCGGCAGACUGAGUGGCUUAGCUAAAGUCACGGUGCUUGAGAAGCUGAAGUUCACACCCACCCCCCAGCCUUCCCAGUGCCUGGAGCUGGAUAAGGAGAUCAUCAUCCAGUGCUCCGCCAAGGGCAAAGAGGUCCCCACAAUCCGCUGGACCAAAGCAGAUGGAGGAGAGCUACCCCCGCACCUGGAUCAGAGGAACGGCCAGCUCCGCUUCGCCAAAGUCACUCGUAGCGACGCUGGCAACUACACCUGCAUUGCCUCCAACAGCCUGCAGGGGGAGAUCAGAGCCCUGGUCACCCUCACUGUGGCAGUGUACGUUCGCUUCAAGGUGGAGCCAGAGAACACCACUGUCUACCAGGGACACACUGCUGUUUUGCACUGCCAGGCCAGCGGGGAUCCUGAGCCUCACAUCCACUGGAUGGUGAAAGACAAGACCCUGGAUAUCACUAAGAACGGCAGAAUCCAGAAGAUGCCCAACGGCUCGCUGAUAAUAAGAGAAGUCACCACUGAGGACACGGGUCGCUACACAUGUGUGGCUGGGAACAGCUGCAGCAUCAAAGACCGUGUGGCUCAGCUCUACGUAGUGGACAAAUUAUUUCCCCUCCAUCACGAGGACAACGACGAUGACAAGGCUGCUUAUAAGAUGAUCCAAACCAUCGGGUUGUCCGUGGGGGCAGCGGUGGCCUACAUCAUUGUGGUGCUGGGACUCAUGUUCUACUGCAAAAAGAGACGCAACGCCAAGAGACUGCAGAAGAACCAGGAUGGAGAGGAGCCUGAGAUGGAGUGUCUUAAUGGAGGUGCUGUUCAGCAGAAUGGCCACACCACGGCUGAGAUCCAGGAGGAAGUGGCGCUCACCAACGUGGGUACCGUCACUGCAACCGAGAAGCGGCACAGCCACGCCAGCGAUAAGCUCCACUUCCCUCGUGCAAACCUCCAAACCAUCACAACACUUGGUAAAGGCGAGUUCGGCGAGGUGCUGCUGUCCAAAGCUAAAGGCAUUGAAGAAAAUGACGCUGAGACGGUGGUUCUGGUGAAGUGUCUGCAGUCCAGAGACGAGCAGCUGCAGAGCGACUUCAGACGUGAAGCUGAAAUGUUCGGCAAGCUGAACCACCCUAAUGUGGUUCGCCUGCUGGGCGUCUGCAGAGAGGCUGAGCCGCACUACAUGAUCCUGGAGUACUAUGACCUGGGUGAUCUAAAGCAGUUCCUAAAAAUAUCAAAAAGCAAAGACGAUAAAGCGAAGCCUCAGACAAUCAGCACCAAGACCAAGGUGUCCCUCUGUGCCCAGGUGGCUCGCGGCAUGGAGCAUCUGUCCAAUCACCGCUUUGUUCACAAGGACCUGGCUGCCAGAAACUGUCUGAUCAACAGUCAGAGGAGGGUCAAGGUGUCUUCGCUCAGCCUGAGCAAGGAUGUCUACAACAG